AUGAGUGAAUUAGCAAAUCAUCUUAGUUAAAAAUUGCAAAAUGUGAAGCAAAAGUUGUAGGAAAAAUUUGAAGAAAAAACCGAAUUUCUAAAGUCUUUAGAGUUAAUUUAAAGAUGUCCUUCUUGGUGUAGAAAUGAUAUUGUGACUAAACUUCGUUCAUGUAUGGUUCUAAAAACGUAUGCUAAAGAUCAAAUUGUUAUGGAUUCAAGUUUAUCUACAUUCAAUUUGUAUCUUAUAUAUCAUGGCGAAGUAGGAUGUUAUUUAGAUGAAAAAUAUUUACAAAAAAAGCUAACAUAAGGACAAUCUUUUGGAGAGUUAGCAUAUACUUUUAAUAGGGCAAGCAAGACAUCUUUUAAAUGCCAUGACACUUGCUAAAUAUAUGUAGUUAUGAAAUAAGAUAUUCCAACUAUAUUAAAGGAUUUUGAAAGAUAGAACCAGGCUAAACUUACAGCUUAAGUUUUUAAGUAAUCUCCUUUUUUCUCAGAUUGGGAUUUAGGAUCUGUAAGUUAUUUAUACUAUCUUGGCUAAAUGUAGAAUUAUGUUAGAAAUUAGACUGUUUAUUCUUAAAAGAGUGAAACAAAUGGAAUAUAUUUAAUAGUUUAGGGUGAAUUUUCAUAUAGCAUCAAAAAAAAGACUGAAAAGAAGUAAAUCAUGGUAAAUCCUGAAGGAGAAAUAGACUCAGAUUAAGAAAAAAUAGAAUUAGAAAAAGAAGUUUUUGAAUUAAGAACAUAGCUUGUUUAGAAAACCUUUAUUUCAAAAAUAAGUACUAUGAGUGCAGGAUAAAUAUUUGGAGAAGAAGAAGUUCUAAAAAAAAUAUGCAGGAAGUAUAAUACGACUUGCGAUAGUGUUGAUGGCAUAGUUAUUUACUUUAACUAAUAAGUCUUUUGGAGUUUAAUAUAUAAUAAUCCCUAAUAUAAGGCUAUAGUUGAUGACAAAGUAAAAAAGUAGGAUAUUGUCAAGUAAAUGUAGAUAAACUAUAUAAAAUCAUCUAUGGAUGACUAUGAUAAUUAUCUUUUAGGGAAAUAGUAUGCCUAAAAUGGUUAAGAGUUAUCUAAAAUAGAUUAAUCCCAAGGGUAAACUUCAAUUACUUUAUAAAAGCACACUUCUAAGAAUGGAAAUAGCGAAGAAAAAAGUAAGAAAAAAAAAUAAUAAGAAAAAGAUGAUAUCAAAAUAGCUAUAGAAAAAAUUCCUUUGCUUGAUUUAAAGAAGAUAAACGAUCAAGCUAAGUAAUUUAAUUAAUAUUCUUUUGAUCCUUAAGGAGAGAAAUUUAACAACCCAUAUGAUUAAGAUUAGGCUGAAAACGGGAUGCAAAAUGGAAAUGUAACUAGUAAAAAUAUGCUGAAGAUUUAAAUGAGAACUAGUAGCACAAUAAAUAAUUAAUGCUAAUUAGAAUUCAUAAAGAUGGAAGGGUAAACUGUCUACAUACCGAGUGGCGUAUUGACAUCUAAAGCAAAUAGUAAUACUAAUCAUUAAACUCACCACACCUUUAAUAAUAAUUAAAAUAAUUAAGAAAGUCCCUUUAAACAAAAGUUUUAAGCAAACUCAUAAGAAGAUUUAGAUAAUCAGGUUGUAUCACCUAGAAUGUCUUAAAGAGAGAAUAAUAAUAGUCCUCGAUAUUCAGAAUAAACUCAAAAAAAUAAAUAAAAUGUUUCUAAUAAUAAUUUUAUGCAACUUCCUAUUACUUUAAAUAAUACACAACAGAAUACUCCAACUAACGCUAAUACUAACAAUAACCAAAAUUAAUUGAAUAAUGGUAGCACCCACAAGAACAGUAACUCAAGCGAACUUUUUGAUUUGAUCAUGUACCACAAUUCUAAAAAAUAUAGUAAAUAGUUUACGAGAAUGAAGAAGUUAAUUUAAGAAGGAGAUAAAAUGCAAGAAAUGAAUAAAAAAAAAUAUUCUCUCUAAAAUUUAUUUGGUACAGAUAGGAGUACCCCUAAAUCUGUUAUAUCUUAGAUAGCAAAUAUACUUAAAGAGAGAUCUUAAAAUGGAUAAAUAUAAAACAUUCAAAAUGCUCCUUUACUCAUUUCUUAAUUUUAUACUAAUUUUUAAUAAUAAAAUAAAGAAUAAAACUCUUAAAAUAAUUUUUAAAUUAAUCACUAAAGAAGUAGUAGCUAAGAUAAUUUAAUUGAAGUAUCAAGAUAGUAAACACUCAAUUUUUUAACUUCUAACUAAAAGUAAGAAUAGGUUUCUAAAUAAAACUCCCCUUAAAAUAUUGAUAUAAAUCCUGGACAAGAUAAAUCUAAAUAACUCUAGCCAAGCAGCUUUGCAUAAGCAGUAAUACAGCACUCAUAAAAAAAUUUUCAAGGUGUUUUAUUGAAUUAAAAAAAAUAAUUUAUUCAUAACGGAGAAGAUUAAAUUAAUAUCAAUGUUAUUGCAUCAACACCUUAGUAAAACAAUUAUCAAUCCUAAGAAAUUUAAGAGAAAUAAUAUAAUCACUCUAAUUCCAAUUUAAAUUAGCUUUUAAAUACCUUAAAAAACAAUAAUAAUGAGCAAAAUCUAAAAAACUAAAAGUUAUAAGACAAAUAAUAACAAAGUUCUCUAACAUAACUUUAAGGUGAAGAAAAUGAUAGUUUCAUUUCUGCUCAAAAAGAUUAGAAAAUUGAAAAGUUAACCUUAACAGAAAGAUAAUAAAAGUCUAAAACAUCAAAUAGCGGUUUUAGAAUCAAUAAAAGUCAACAAUAAAAGUAAAUAAUUAAUUUAUAAAAUAAAAUACUGUAAGAGAAAGCAAAUGGUGAUGAAACAUUAGAAAGUAUUAAUACAAGGACAUAUCACUUUGACAAAAACGCAAAUCGUAAAAUUAAAAGUUCAACUGGACUAAAAGUAGAAAAAGAAAUAUUUAUUCAUUAAAAAUAAAAUAAUUCUUCAAACGAUUAGCAUUUAUUAAACUAAAAAAAAAAUAGUCUAUGCUCUUCUGAUCAUCUUAUGAUCGAAAUAGAUUCAAAUGUCAAGGUCACUCCUAUAGAGUUUUAUAAUUAGAAAAAAACAAGUGUUACCAGUAACUUCAUUGAUAAGCCUCAUUCCAAAGAUUAGCACAUAUCAUAUUAACAAAAUCAUUCAAAAUAUAAUUCUCUUUAACAUUUUUCUCCUCCUCUUCCAAACUCUUAAUCUAUUAUUAAAGAAACUCAUAAAAAUUUUACAAACUAAAUAACAUAAAUGAAAGACGAAAACCAUUAAUCAGAUAACCACUAAUUACGAGGAUAAGACUAUAUUCUACCAAAAAAUUAUUUAAAAAAUUUAAGAAUAAAAUCUGAUACCUCUUAGCUUUAAAAAAUUUCAAAAAGUCCUUUAAGGAUAGAUCAAAACUUAAGCAAUAGUAAUUAAUAAUAAGAAAAUUAGAAAAAUAUUAUUUCAUCUAGCUAAUUGGUUAGCCCAAGACUUGUUUUAAAAUAAACACGUCCUUUAUAUCAUGACUCUAAUAGUAAUGAUAGCAGCAAAUAAAGAUUUUCAUAAAAUAAAAAUACAGUUAAAGUUCAAGAGUAGCUUCUAUAGAAGCAUGUCUAAUCUACUUUUUAAAUUCAAGAUAAUAAAUAAAUUACCUCUUUUAUAUAAAAAGUAAUUGGCAGAGAAGAUAAAAAUAAAUAAUACAUACCUUAAUAAUAUAUCAUAUCCUAUACUUCUAAUCAAUAACAACAAUAACAAUAAAGUAACCAAUUUUAAUAGACAAAAAGUUUUACUGAUUUACCUUACUUGUAGUAGCAAAAGCUACCAAUAUCAGCAAGACAUUCUAGCACUUAAGAUAAAAAAUUUUACUUCUCAAAAGAUAGUAACAAAUUUAGACAGUCUUUGCAUUUCGAUCAUAUAAACAAAGAACCAAUCAGCAAAAGUGAUGAUGUAUAAAUUAAUUCUAUUAAAGAAAAAUCACCUAAUUCUAGAUAAAAUUAAAUUUGCGAAGAUCUAGGAUACAACUUUGUUAAAACUAAAAUUUAGUGA